AUGCCAAACAGUGAAGAGCAGAGUGCUAAAGGAGAUGGGAUGCCAAACAGUGAAGAGCAGAGUGCUAAAGGAGAUGAGAUGCCAAACAGUGAAGAGCAGAGUGCUAAAGGAGAUGGGAUGCCAAACAGUGAAGAGCAGAGUGCUAAAGGAGAUGGGAUGCCAAACAGUGAAGAGCAGAGUGCUAAAGGAGAUGAGAUGCCAAACAGUGAAGAGCAGAGUGCUAAAGGAGAUGAGAUGCCAAACAGUGAAGAGCAGAGUGCUAAAGGAGAUGGGAUGCCAAACAGUGAAGAGCAGAGUGCUAAAGGAGAUGGGAUGCCAAACAGUGAAGAGCAGAGUGCUAAAGGAGAUGGGAUGCCAAACAGUGAAGAGGAGAGUGCUAAAGGAGAUGAAAUGCCAAACAGUGAAGAGGAGAGUGCUAAAGGAGAUGGGAUGCCAAACAGUGAAGAGCAGAGUGCUAAAGGAGAUGGGUUGCCAAACAAUGAAGAGCAGAGUGCUAAAGGAGAUGGGAUGCCAAACAGUGAAGAGCAGAGUGCUAAAGGAGAUGGGAUGCCAAACACUGAAGAGCAGAGUGCUAAAGGAGAUGGGUUGCCAAACAAUGAAGAGCAGAGUGCUAAAGGAGAUGGGAUGCCAAACAGUGAAGAGCAGAGUGCUAAAGGAGAUGGGAUGCCAAACACUGAAGAGCAGAGUGCUAAAGGAGAUGAGAUGCCAAACAGUGAAGAGCAUAGUGCUAAAGGAGAUGGGAUGCCAAACACUGAAGAGCAGAGUGCUAAAGGAGAUGAGAUGCCAAACAGUGAAGAGCAUAGUGCUAAAGGAGAUGGGAUGCCAAACAGGGAAGAGCAGAGUGCUAAAGGAGAUGGGUUGCCAAACAGUGAAGAGCAGAGUGCUAAAGGAGAUGGGUUGCCAAUCAGUGAAGAGCAGAGUGCUAAAGGAGAUGAGAUGCCAAACAGUGACGAGCAGAGUGCUAAAGGAGUUGAGAUGCCAAACAGUGAAGGGCAGAGUGCUAAAGGAGAUGGGAUGCCAAGAAAAUAA